GAUCGACUCGCUGGUAUAUUCCCACCGCUUACUUAUCAAGUCAAAAAUCAAUUUAAUCAAAAAGAUUUUAGUAGUAGAUAUAUAACAUGAAACCAUCAAUAUUCUAUUAUGUCCUUUUCCUUAUCUUCACUAUCACCACACAAUCAAUCUUUAACUUUACCACAACAAAUGCCGCAUCAGCUGCUGAAGUCGUGGUAAAAGACUCGACCGGGAAAAAGGUCUUGAACGAUGUUCGGUACCACAUUGCUCCAGUCGCCAAGGGUGGCUCGUUCAAGUUAACCGAUACGAUUAAAAACAAAAAAGUUUGUCCCUUCGAUGUGGUUCACGACCCCAAGGAUAACUUAGGUGGCGAGUUUAUGUUCACCAUGACUUAUAAAAGGGAAACCUAUCUCAAAACAUCACGCGCUCUUGCUAUUGAUUCGGGUGUUUUGAAAAACAAUUCGUGUGAAAAAUCGACUUUUUGGACAAUUAACGAUUAUGAAGCAAAGGCGCCUGAUAACUUGAUUACGACUGGAGGUAAAUUCGAAUCUGAAGAAACAUGUUUCAAGGUUUUGGAGUAUCCUAAGCCAACAAAUGCUAAGGUGCAUAGUUACAUGCUCCAACAUUGUCCAUCAUCCUGUGGAGACGGUCCUGUUAUAAGUUGUUUUAACAUAAGUAUUACCUCAUAUAAAGGGGUCAAUCGGCUUUCUAUUGUUGGUGGUGCUCCUUUUGAGUUUGUCUUUCACAAGAUUGCAAAGUAAAUUAACUUAUGUUCGAUUAGGAUGAAUUAAAUAAGAAAUGUGUGUGUCAUGUAUGAAUUAAUAAUCCGAAUGGAUUAUAUUGCAAUUUUAAUGGGAACAACUUCUUCUAUUAGAACAA